AUGUCUGGGGUCAUUUCAGCAGAGUUUCCCGAUUUUGCUGAGAACUUUGAGAACAACCUGGCAUCCGAUGAUGUAUUGGCUCACUACUUCAAUGAGUUCUUACAUUUGCCGUCUUUCCCACAGGCGAUGCUGUACAACCAGGAGACCGGGCUCUUUGAGGUCGUGGACGGGGCGGCGGACUUGGUCUCCAGAAGAAUCCGAUCGGUCCUCCACCGAAGCAAAUCCCAACUCCUUACUGGGGACCCCGCAGCGCUGGCCAGAACCCCCCCAGUAGACAACCGUUACACUAUCGGUUGCCUGGACAGAGAGCAAGGCAUUCAGUGGAUCAUGAGAGAAAGACUGCCCUUUUUCCUUCACAGUGACUGCUACAAUGAAUACAGGCUGUGUAAGCUGUUGUUCCAGAAGAACUCAACCUUCUGUAUCCAGAGGAGGAAAGGCAGUUCAGGUCGACCCACCCGGUCAGCCCCACAGCUGCGCUCUCCCUCCCAGUUUGACAGGGAACAUAACAAAGCACUGAAGGGCCUACGAUGCUCGCAUUCUCAAGAGAACAAUUCUGCAAAACAAGGCUCUCUGGGGAUGCAUAAUGUUCCACGUCUACCCUCUGUCCAGAAGGAACAUGUCAACGCAACAUGCAGUGAGUCAUCCAGAUGUUUCUCCAGCUGUUCUGAGCAUGUGAACCCAUGUUGCUUUUCCACCAACCUUGAAUGCGAGAAACCCCAGAGCCCACAAACAGAGCGGCGCCUCUCCUUCACAGAGCCCUCAGCUGGCGAGUCAGAGGGGCAACAAGAGUCCCCUGAACUGCAGCUGGAGGACCUGGCGGCCACAGUGGUCACACAGGUGCUGAACCGUGCACUGUACGUGAUGGAUGGUCAGAACCGGGCGAACCCUUCCGACUGUUUCAGCAAGUCCGCUGCAGACGGACCCUGUGAAUGGAAGGUUUGCCUGCGUUCGCCUGACGGGGGCACAGGAAGGUUAGGAGGGAAGAAAGAGGAGGUCCAAGAGAGCAGGAGGCGCAGUGAGGAGGAGAACAAUGUGGAGUGGUUUCAGAAGGACAGGAGAGUGGGGAGUGGAGGCACCGACCAGGAAAAUAUCCUCGACAUUUGUUGCCAUGGCACCUGUUGCCGUGACAAUGGACCAGGCUUGGAUGAGUUGAAGGAGUUUUUGCGAGGAACUCCAGGAGAGAAACUGCUCAAUCUCUGGAUAGACAUAGCGAGGCUGAAGGCCGCGCAGAACCGAGAGCGGAAGAGCAGGUAUUUGGUCCUGAUGAGGAGCCGGUACCUGCUGAGCAGCAGCCAGAGCAGUCUCAAUGUGGAGCUGCUCUCCAGACUUGGGCUAACUACCUCUCCCUGCUGGACAGAGGAGAAACUGCUCUCAGUCCAGCCCUUCCUCACCGAGUCUCUGCUCUACUACUGGGUUCCUCGGUUCUGGACGUCCCAGUGGGUUCAUGAAGACCGCGAUGACUCCCCUCAUCCAGAGGUGUGGACUGAGUGGGGGUCUCAGUCAGACACACAGCCCCCCCGUGGGUCUCUGGCUCUCUGCUCUGACACCUGGCUGCCCCAGUACCCCCAUGCUGUCCACACACAGUUCUCAUCGAGCAGAAGUCGGUUACCGAAGAUGCUGCGGGCUCUUUGUGUUGACUUGUGUGCCGGCUUAUACUUCACUAACUUCUGUGAACAAUCUGGAAACCAGCUGUGGGAGAAUGCAGUUAACCUUUGGACCGACCUGCAGCACUACCACAAGCUGUUCUAUCAGGACGGUCUGGACCCCUACCGGGUCCAGAGAGAGGCCCAGCUCCUCUACUCCACCUACCUCUCCAGCUCUGCCAGGAGGAGCAUUGGUGUCGGCGAGGAGAUCAGAAGGGAGGUGUACGACCAACUGAUGCCCGCUUUUGAGGAGCUGUUUGACAAGGUUGAGGAGCACUCCCUGAGCAUCCUGCUGGAGCCAUGGACACUGCUGGUCAGCAGGGACAAAGAGUCCUUCGAGAAGGUGUGUGUGCAGGAGGAGGUGCGUUGCAUUGACAGUCAGGAAUACAGGGAACUCCAGAGUCUGUACGAGGAAUCGAAGCGCCGGCUGAAACAGGUGGAGCAGGGCGGGUCCACACUACUUCCCUCUCCCGUCUCGCCUUCGACUCCCUUCUCAAAGGGCACCCGGGCGCCUGACUCUUGGUCCAGAGUGUCUCCGAACUUCCAAGGCUACCGUCUAGGUUCCUUACUUCGCCACCGCCAUGAGAUCGGGCACUUUAUGUCCUUCCUACAGAACCAGGAUGCCAGUAUCCAUCUGACAUGCUGGCUGGAUCUGGAGCAGUACAGGAGGACGCCACACAAAGACGAGACUGUCAGACAGGAGAGGUCGUCUCACAUUGCGAACAAAUAUCUCAGCGGGACGUACUUCUUUGGCUCCGACAGCCCGGCCACAACAGAGCAACAGAAUGAUAUAUUGCGUCUGGCUGGUGGACUGGAGCGCCUGAAGCUUGAAUGUCUUUCGAACCCAGUCGUCGGGGAGAUCCAGGACGUCGUCAGGAGGCACAUUGAGAAAAAAUGGCUGCCUCUGUUCCUGUCCACAGCCGAGUUCACAGAGCGACUGAGACACAAACCAAAGCCCCAGGCAGCGGACAGGCUCUCACAACACGUCUACCGUCGACGCAGAGCGAGGAGAGAAGCCUGGAAGGCCCAAAGCUUGUGGAUGAGUUCCUCCAAAGAGAUCCUGCUGUUUCGACGGAUCCUACUCAACCCUGCCACCUGUCUACAGUUCCAGCACUUUGUCUCUCUGAAAGGAGACUUCCUAGAAAACAACGUGCUCUUCUGGCUGGAGGUGCAGAGGUACAAGGACCUCUGUCACUCCCACAGCGAUGAGGCCACCAUCCAGCAGAAGAUCUCCACCAUCAUUAACUGUUUCAUCAACUCCUCCAUGCCCCCGGCUCUGCAGAUAGACAUCCCUCCUGCACAGGCCCAGCAGGUUCUGGAGAAACGCCAUGAACUGGGGCCUUACAUCUUCAGAGAGGCACAGAUGUCAGUGUUCAGCGCAUUGCUGACGUUUUGGCCCGAGUUUCAAGAGCUCAGCAGCAGUGUCCAAGAGGAGCAGCUUCUUCCUCUACUGCAGGAGAAACGGGUCAAACACAGAGCCAGAGUACGGAGAGAGAGGAGAAAAGAGGAGGAAGAGAGUGAGGAGGAGGAGAGGAGGAGGAGGAGGAGGAGGAGGAGAGCUCAGGAAGAGCUGGAGAGGCAGGAGUCCGGUCUUGAAGAGGAGGAGGAGGGGGAGGAUGAUGACGAAGACGACGGUGUAGAAGAUGGAAGAAGUGUAAAAAACCAGUCGAGGGCACAGAGCAGAGUGCUGCUGAGUCCCACACAGCCGUUGUCGUGGUCCUACUCCAAGUACAUGGCGGCUCUGAAGAGAGAAGAGAUGCUGCUGAGGAGACAGAGUCAGCUGGGAGCCUCGUUCUCCACGGCCUCAGACUGAGAGCAGGGUUGUGUUUCUGAUCCAGAACUGAGGAUGAACGGCUUUCUUCACCACGUCGUCUUCUCCUGUUGUCAGACGGGUCACGCUGGCAACAUUUUCAACAAAAGAAUAUCUAUUUUUAAUUAACACUAUACCAUGAUCAUUUUUCCCUGCCACACUUCGUCAACAGGCUAUCCUCUGAGUAUUCAUUGACUAUGUAUUGUUAUGACUUUUUGACAUACCUGACAUGAUUAAUUCAAUCAAGGUUGUCGCGCUGUAAUGGUGCUUCACAAAUAUGCAGAAACCAAAUGAAGUAUACUGAAGAGUUCUAUUUCUUUGUUGAGGCCAUAGUUUGUUCUGUAUGUGUACAAUUGUAAGGCUCUUGUACUUAGUAUCUACUAUAGUGCAUCUCAUACGCAAAUAUUUUACUUUUUACUAAACUACAUAUUACAUAUUUUAAAGCUUUAGAUACUAGUUAAUUAAUGAGUUUAUAUUUUGUAUUAAUAUAUUAUUAUAGGUUAAGCCACCGAGUGGUGUACUGUAUAACGUAGUUAAAGUAGUAGUUGCAACAUUGAAGUGAUGAGCACAUAAAUGCAUCAAUAAUAAUUGGAUAAUACAAUUAAUAUGAUUCUGAAAUGAGCCUUUCUCGUGUCCUUGUCGUUUCUAUGGCACUAUUCCCUGCAAUGCAAAUAUUCUUCAUGUCUUGUUACCCCUCUCCACUAUCUUUUUCUCCUGUCCCGGAGCUGUUGAUGGGUUUGACUGGUUUUCUGACAGACGUAUGACAUCUUAACAUUUUAAAAACCAUCUCUCGGCCUGUGUGAUGUACAUCCCCGAGGUCUGUUGCCGUGUUGUUGGGAUGACACACAGCCUGUCACAGCCAUGUGCUGCAGCAGAGCAUCUAACUGAACCUUUUUGCAAAAAAAAGGCAUCAGUAUAGUAAUAUUUCAUGAC